UGAAAAUCACAUUAGAAGUACUCCAAAAAAGUUCCUCCCAUGUCUUCAUCAUUGUGUUAAGACAAAAUGGGAUUGUUAUGAACUGUGUAUUCACUUCAAAACAAACGGGGGUAAAAUAACAACACAGAGUGAUCUUUGUAGGACUGUGAUAGACUGGCAGGGAUGUGUCAUUCUGCAGGAUGAGCAUUGGAGUGAUGCUGAUGAUGGAGGCUGGUGGAGAGUAAAGAUGUGGAAGCAUGCACUUCCUGUGGAGAUGAACCAUGAGCAAUGGAAACGCUGCACAGUUAAGUAGUUAAUGCACUCUAAAAUAUAUAAAAGACAGCUCAAUCUUAAAAGCUAAUUUUUACUCAUUUAUUUCUCUGUUUUUAUAGUGCAGUAUCUAAAUGUUAUAAAUUCACUUUCUGAUUUAUAUUCUGAUUGUGUAUCAUGCCCACUUCCAUGUUUGCCAAAAAUAAUCAUCAUAAGAGACAUUGAAGUUGAAGAUGCUCAUAAAUGAAUUAACCAUUAAAAUGAAAUGACAUGAACUCUUGCACUCUAAAAGAGCAUAUCCAAUCAUAACCCCCCAUAUUUUUGAUAAUAAAUAUAAGUUAGUAAAUCUGCUGUGGACUGGAGCAGUGUCGGGAGUGGCGGACAAAGUGUCCCGUCAGAUGAGUGAGCAUGUCAGACCGGAGUGCCCCGGGCUGCCGGCUCAGACUGGACUGGGUCUACGGGUACCGGGGCCACCAGUGCCGGAAUAACCUGUACUACACUGCCGGAAAGGAGGUGGUGUACUUCGUGGCCGGGGUGGGCGUGGUCUACAACACAAGAGAGCACAGCCAGAAGUUUUACCUGGGACACAAUGAUGACAUCAUCAGUCUGGCGCUGCACCCAGAGCGCUCCCUGGUGGCGACAGGUCAGGUGGGGAAGGAUCCCUACGUAUGCGUGUGGGACUCCUUCACUGUACAGACCGUCUCUCUGCUCCGCGACGGACACACACAUGGCAUUGCCUGCCUCGCAUUCAGCUCUGACGGACAGCGUUUAGCCUCGGUCGGCCUUGAUGCCAAGAACACCGUGUGUAUCUGGGAGUGGAAGAGGGGGAAGAUCCUGGCCACAGCCACCGGACACUCAGACCGGAUAUUUGACAUCUGCUGGGAUCCAUUUCAGCAAAGCCACCUGGUGAGCUGUGGAGUCAAACACAUCAAGUUUUGGUCUCUGUGUGGGAACGCUCUCACUCCAAAGCGAGGGAUUUUUGGGAAGACAGGUGACCUGCAGACAAUCCUGUGUGUGGCGUCAGCAAAAGAUGACAUCACAUACUCGGGAGCACUCAACGGGGACAUUUACAUCUGGAAAGGACUCAACCUGAUACGAACGGUCCAAGCAGCACAUGGAGCUGGUAUCUUCAGCAUGUAUUCCUGUGAGGAGGGUUUCGCCACAGGAGGCAGAGAUGGCUGUGUCCGGCUGUGGGAUGUUGACUUCAAACCAAUCACAAAAAUCGACCUGCGAGAAGCUGAGCAGGGAUAUAAAGGUCUGUCUAUUCGCAGCGUCUGCUGGCGAGCUGACCGAAUCCUGGCAGGGACGCAGGACAGCGAGAUCUUUGAGGUGAUGGUGAGAGAUCGGGACAAACCACUGCUCAUCAUGCAGGGACACAGCGAGGGCGAGCUCUGGGCAUUGGACGUUCACCCUAAAAAACCUCUGGCUGUCACUGGCAGUGAUGACCGCUCCGUCAGGUUGUGGAGUCUUGUGGAUCACGCUCUCAUCGCUCGCUGUAACAUGGAGGAGGCAGUGCGGAGCGUGGCGUUCAGCGUGGAUGGAUACCAGCUGGCUCUGGGCAUGAAGGACGGAUCCUUCACUGUGCUGAGAGUCAGAGACAUGACGGAGGUUGUGCACAUCAAAGACAGGAAGGAGGUGAUCCAUGAGAUGAAGUUCUCUCCAGACGGAGCAUACCUUGCUGUCGGCUCCAAUGAUGGACUUGUUGACAUCUAUGCUGUUGCCCAGAGAUUCAAAAAGGUGGGAGAAUGUAGUAACUCCACCAGUUUUAUCACACACAUGGACUGGUCUCUGGAUGGCAAAAUCCUUCAAACCAAUGACGGAGCAGGAGAGCGCCUCUUCUACCGAAUGCCCAUGGGGAAACCUAUUGUCAGUAAGGAAGAGGUCAAAGGUCAGUGCUGGGCAUCCUGGAGUUGCGUCCUGGGUUCAGAGGCCAGUGGCAUCUGGCCUAAAUACUCCAACCUGACAGAGAUCAACGCUGUGGAUGCCAACCAUGCUGCAGCCGUUCUCGUUUCUGGAGAUGACCUUGGCCUCGUCAAGCUGUACAGAUUCCCCUGUCUGAAGAAAGGAGCCAAAUUCAAAAAGUACAUUGGUCACUCAGCCCAUGUGACCAACGUCCGCUGGUCGCAUGACCUGCAGUGGGUGCUGACCACAGGAGGAGCUGACCAUGCCCUUUUCCAGUGGAGGUUUCUACCAGAGUCGGUCAUGAAUGGAGGACUGGAUGUCAACAUACAAGAAAGCCAUGGAGACUCCAACAGUGAGGAGUCAGACAGUGACGUGUCUGAUGUCCCAGAGCUUGACUCGGACAUAGAGCAGGAAACUCAAAUCAACUAUGAGAGACAGGUGUAUAAGGAGGAUCUGCCUCAGUUGCGACAGCAAAGCAGAGAGAAGAAACAGCAGGUCGGAUCUCUGAAGAGACAGAGAGGACCAGACCAAGGCCUCCGACUGCAGUUUGUACAUGGAUAUCGUGGUUACGACUGCAGAAACAACCUAUUCUACACUCAGGGAGGUGAGGUGUUGUACCAUGUUGCGGCGGUGGGUGUUGUCUACAACCGACAGCUGCACAGUCAACGCUUUUACCUCGGCCAUGACGACGACAUCCUGAGCCUCAGCAUCCACCCGCUGAAGGACUACGCUGCUACAGGACAGGUGGGGAGAGAUCCAGCCAUCCAUGUGUGGGACGUCCAGACUCUUAAGUGUCUCUCUUUGCUCAGAGGUUUCCACCAGAGAGGAGUGUGUGCUCUGGAUUUCUCGGCUGAUGGAAAGAGUCUGGUGUCAGUGGGAGUUGAUGAUGGACAUACAAUCGUAGUUUGGGACUGGAAGAGAGGAGAGAAACUCGCUACAUCACGGGGUCAUAAAGAGAAGAUAUUUGUGGUGAAGUGCAAUCCCAUGCUGAUGGACAAACUGGUCACAGUGGGAAUCAAACACAUUCUUUUCUGGCAACAUGCAGGUGGUGGUCUGACAUUCAAGCGUGGUGCAUUCAGGAGCAUCAGCCGGCCAGAGACGAUGAUGUCGGUGUGUUACGGACGCAGCGAGGGGCUGGUGUUCACGGGAGCUGCUACAGGAGAUGUUUACAUCUGGAAGGAACCGCUGCUGAUAAAAACAGUCAAAGCUCAUGAUGGACCAGUGUUCGCCAUGUUCUCUCUGGACAAGGGCUUUGUGACAGGCGGGAAGGACGGCGUGGUGGAGCUGUGGGAUGACAUGUUUGACCGCUGUCUGAAGACGUAUGCCAUCAAGAGAGCAGCGCUGUCCCCGGGGUCCAAAGGUCUGCUCCUGGAGGAUAACCCGUCCAUCAGAGCAAUCACUCUGGGUCACGGUCACAUCCUGGUAGGAACAAAAAACGGAGAAGUCCUCGAGAUUGACAAGACCGGACCCAUGACUCUGCUGGUGCAGGGUCACAUGGAGGGUGAGGUUUGGGGUCUGGCCCCUCACCCUCUUCUCCCUGUCUGUGCCACUGUCAGCGACGAUAAAACUCUGAGACUGUGGGAGACGUCAGCCAAUCACCGAAUGGUUGCGGUCCGCAAGCUGAAGAGAGGUGGUCGCUGCUGUGCCUUCUCUCCUGAUGGAAAAGCAUUGGCGGUUGGUUUAAGUGAUGGCGGUGUGCUCGUGGUGAAUGCUGACACGCUAGAGGAUCUGCUGAGCUUCCACCAUCGCCGUGAUGCCAUCUCUGACGUCCGCUUCACCCCUGACUCAGGGAAAUUCUUGGCGGUGGCAUCCCAUGAUAGCUUUGUGGACAUCUACAAUGUGCUGAGCAGUAAGAGGGUGGGCAUCUGUAAAGGAGCGUCCAGUUACAUCACUCACAUCGACUGGGACAACCGAGGUAAACUGUUGCAGGUGAACACAGGAGCCAAAGAACAGCUUUUCUUUGAAGCCCCUCGAGGAAAAAGACAAACCAUCAGGAACUCUGAGCUGGAGCGGAUCAGCUGGUCAAGCUGGACGUGUGUUCUGGGUUCAAGCUGUGAGGGAAUCUGGCCGACGUACAGCGACAUCACGGACAUCAACGCUGCGUCGCUCACCAGAGACAGAACGCUGCUCGCCACUGGGGAUGACUUUGGCUUUCUCAAACUGUUCAGCUACCCUGUUAGAGGUCAGUAUGCGCGAUUUAAGCGUUAUGUUGGCCACAGCGCUCAGGUGACAAAUGUCCGCUGGGCUCAGGACGACACCACCCUGCUGACGGUGGGCGGGGCUGACACCGCCCUGAUGAUCUGGUCGAGGGAGAGAGGAGGUGGUGUUAGUGGAGAUGGAGAGGGGCCUUUGUUCCGUGACAACAGACCGCCUGUGGACAGUGAGGAGUCAGACGACGACAUCGAGGAGGAUGGAGGCUACGACAGUGACGUUGCUCGAGAGAAGGCAGUGGAGUACACUACCAAGAUGUACACUGUGAGCCUCAGAGAGAUGAGAGGAACCAAACCUCACCAGCAGGUGAAGGAGCUGUCAGCUGAGGAGAGGCAGGGCAUUGUCAAACCUCCAGUGAGUCGAGCAGCGCCGCAACCGGAGAAACUCCAGAAGAACAACGUCUCCAAGAAGAAGAGACUGGUAGAAGACCUGGUCUUGGAUCACGUGUUUGGUUUUCGAGGCUUCGAUUGUCGAAACAACCUGCACUACCUCAACGACGGCACUGACAUCGUGUACCACACUGCCGCCGCCGCCAUUGUCCACAGUCUCAGCAAUGGAACACAGAGUUUCUACCUGGAACACACCGAUGACAUCCUUUCUUUGACUGUCAAUCAGCACCCAAAAUACAAAAAUAUCAUUGCCACCGGACAGAUCGGUACCACUCCAUCCAUUCACGUGUGGGAUGCGAUGAGUAAACAGACUCUGUCCAUUCUACGCUGUCCUCACACUAAAGGCGUCAGCUAUGUGAACUUCAGCGCCACAGGGAAGCUGCUGCUGUCUGUCGGAGUGGAACCUGAACACACCAUCACUGUGUGGCGCUGGCAGGAAGGAUCGAAGGUAUGCAGUAAAGCCGGACAUCCAGAUCGUAUUUUUGUGGUGGAGUUUCGUCCAGACUCAGACUCCCAGUUCGUCUCAGUGGGGAUCAAACAUGUAAAGUUCUGGACACUGGCAGGUGGCGCUCUGAUGUACAAGAAGGGCGUGGUCGGGACCUUGGAGGGCGGUAGGAUGCAGACGAUGCUGUCUGUCGCCUUUGGUGCUAAUAACUUGACGUUCACCGGAGCCAUUAACGGAGACGUGUACGUGUGGCGGGAUCACUAUCUUCUGAGGGUGGUAGCUAAGGCUCACACUGGGCCAGUCCUCACCAUGUACACGACUCUGAGAGACGGCCUCAUCGUCACCGGCGGCAAGGAGAGGCCGACUAAGGAGGGGGGUGCAGUGAAGCUCUGGGAUCAGGAGAUGAAGCGCUGUCGAGCUUUCCAGCUGGAGACGGGUCAGCAGGUAGAGUGCGUUCGAUCUGUCUGCAGAGGCAAGGGUAAAAUCCUUGUGGGGACGAAGGACGGGGAGAUCAUCGAGGUUGGGGAAAAGAAUGCAGCAUCUAACCUGCUUCUUGACAGUCACGCACAGGGAGGAAUCUGGGGUCUGGCAGCUCAUCCUGUGAAAGAACUCUGCAUCACCGCCAGUGACGACUCAACCAUCCGGCUCUGGGACCUUGCUGACAAGAAAUUGUUGAACAAAGUGUGUGUUGGCCACCCAGCCAGAUGUGUGAACUACAGUGCAGAUGGAGAGAUGCUGGCGGUAGGGAUGAAGAAUGGAGAGUUCCUCCUCCUCCUUGCCAACUCACUGAAGAUGUGGGCAAAGAAACGAGACCGCAGUGUGGCUAUCCAAGAUAUCAGGUUCAGUCCAGACCGGCGGCUCCUGGCCGUGGGUUCUGCGGAGAACACGGUGGAUGUUUAUGAUGUCAGUGGAGGACCGAGUCUAAACCGUCUCGUUUACUGCAGUGACAUCCCUGCUUUCAUCCUGCAGCUUGACUUCUCUGCUGACAGCUCUUAUAUACAGGUAUCAACAGGAGCAUACAAGCGGCAGGUGUUUGAGGUUCCUUCAGGGAAGUUAGUGAGCGACCAGACUUUCAUCGAUAGAAUCACCUGGGCGACCUGGACCAGCAUCCUGGGAGAGGAAGUUUUGGGGAUCUGGCCACGAAAUGCUGACAAAGCAGAAGUUAACUGUGCGUGUGUGUCUCACGCCGGCAUGAACAUCGUCACUGGUGAUGACUUUGGAUUGAUCAAACUGUUCGACUUCCCCUGCACAGAGAAGUUUGCCAAACACAAGCGCUACCUCGGCCACUCAGCUCAUGUGACAAACAUCCGCUUCUCCCAUGAAGACAAAUAUGUGAUCAGCACAGGAGGAGACGACUGCAGUGUGUUUGUUUGGAAAUGCCUGUAAAACUAUGUCUGCGGACGCUUUCGUCUAAAGCACCUUAACAGCACCACAAGUGGAUCCAGGAGGAAUGGAACCCAUGACCUGAACGUCACACCGCUUUGAAAAGAGUUCAGAAACUGAAGAUUUGAGGGAAACAUCAUUGUCAAACAAAACCGACUUCACUGAUCAAACAAAAUGUUUACAGUCUGUCUUUCUGGAGACGAGACAGAAAACUACAGACUUAAACUUAGGACGCUUCAUGGCGAAUCACGAAAAAGAAACAGAUUGUUUUUGCUCUAAAAGAGCAGAGAGACUGACUUUUUUGUUUCUUGUUCUAAUUUAAUUCACAGAAGCCAAACAUUGUUGAAACAAAACACCAGGACAGAAAAACCUACCGAUGGAUGCAUUAAAAAGCUGGUUUAGUGCUGCUCCGAUGGAGCUGCUGUUAGAGUCACAUCAUGUCUGUGUACUGGGAUGACUGGGAGGUGAAAAUGCACUGGUAAAAAAUAGUUGCUGUAUUGAAAAGACCAUAUGCAGUUUCAUAUUUAACAAACGUCCUGAGGUUUGUCUGUAACUGAGAAAACAAACUUGACAUUUGAUUUAAAACCAUUCCUCAUUUAAAAAAGCCUUUACUGUAUCUGUCGUUGGAUUUCAUCACACUUAAGUGCCUUUCUAGAUCUUUCUAUGUUUUUGUUUAUUAUUUUUGGGAGGGGGUGGGUAUUUCAUACACUUUCUUUUUUUUUAAUUAAAUCCAUAUUUUAACUUUUUUUGUACUCUGUCUGGUGCUACACUGAGAAUGUCCAACUUUAAUUCAUCCAAAAACAAAAACAUUUUCUUCGCUGCUGCUUUUUGUUAACAGAUGUGAAACAUCCAAAGCAUCAUGAUCGUAAAACAACACAGGAUAUGUGAAGAAAAGACAAACUGGAUAGGAGAAUUAUUUAUGGAAAUAUCUAAAUGUUAUUUAUGCCUAAUCUACAGUGUGGAUGACUUUUCUGUGUGUAAGACACUUGUGUGAACUGUUGAAUAUUUAACUUUAACUGUAGUGAAACGUGUCAAAGAGCCUGUUUGUGUGAAGAUGAAUAGAAGAAAAACACCCAGAAGUCUCAGUCUUCAUAUGCAAAGCCACACAUCUAAAAGCUCCUUGAAGCAAUCACUGAGGAAGGAUUUUGUUCAGUCUACAAAGAAAAUAAUUUGAUUUUGAAAACAGAUCAUAAAAAAACCCACAGAAGAAAAAGAUUUAUAAGAACAGAAACAAUGUUAAAGUCAUGAAUCAAAGUAACAAGAGGGUACAAAGUUUCUUUUGUAAAUCUCAACUUCUUGGCAUCAGUUUGAUACAAAAGGAUGGCAUUGCAAACCAAUCUCAAUAUAAUAAGGGUACUGUAAUACAGGUAUGUCCCCUCUGGCUUGCCAUAGUGUAACAAUUUAUGAAUCACAAUUUGUGUCUUAAAACUUAGAUCUUGCUUUAAUGAUCAUAGUGGCACUACAUUCCUGUAGCCACAAGAGGAUAUCCAUCUAUGCAUUUAAAUUUACUCUGUUUACCCCAAAUAAUUAAUUUUUUGUUGUUUCACAAGUUUUAAAACAACCCCAAUUCCAAAAAAAGUUGGGGCACUGUGAAAAAUGUAAAUAAUAACAGAAUGCAAUGAUUAACAAUUGAACAUGAAAAAACAUAUCAGAUGUUAAAACUGAGACAUUUUACCAUUCAUGAAAUAUAUUAGCUUAUUUCUAAUAUGACUGAAACACAUCCCAAAAAAAUUGGGACAGGGCCAUGUUUACUAUUGUGUAGCAUCCCCUCUUCUUUUCACAACAAUCUGUAAACAUCUGGGAAGUGAAGAGACCAGCUGCUGGAAUUAGGAAGAGAGAUGUUGUCCUAUUCUUGUGUCUGAUGUAUGAUUCAAGCUGCUCAGCAGUCCUGGGUCUUCUUUUUUCAUUUUAUAAUGUGCCAUAUGUUUUCUAUUGGUGAAAGAUCUGGACGGCAGGCAGGCCAAUUCGGCACCUGGACUGUUCCACUGCAAAGCCAUGCUACUGUGAUGGCUGAGGUAUGUGGUUUAGUAUUGUCUUGCUGAAGUAUGCAAGGCCUUCCCUGAAAGAGACGUUGUCUGGAUGGGAGCAUAUGUUGCUCUGAAA